UUCGAUCCGCACCCCGCCUCCUCGCGAUCUUGCGGAACCAGCGCCGCCACCCCACCACUCCAGUCCAGCACCGCCGCAACCGCGCCCCCUUCUCGGCCCUUCCAGGAGCUUCCAGGCCCCCAGGCGCCCCCUCCACCUCCGACCACCCCCGCUCCCGCCGCCGACCGGCCGGCCGCGAGCCCGACCGAGCAGGGAUGGGUUUCAUCGGCGCGCACGGCGUGGAGACGCUGAAGCGGUACAAGUACAGCGGAGAGGACCGCUCGGUGGUGGCCAAGUACGUGCUCCAGCCCUUCUGGAGCCGAUGCGUCACCCUCUUCCCGCUCUGGAUGCCACCAAACAUGAUCACACUUACAGGAUUUACAUUUCUGGUUCUAUCAGCGCUGCUUGGUUAUAUAUAUUCACCUCGUCUUGACACUGCUCCCCCUAGGUGGGUCCAUCUUGCCCAUGGAUUACUUCUCUUCUUGUACCAGACUUUUGAUGCUGUUGAUGGUAAACAAGCAAGGCGUACUAGCUCAUCAAGUCCUCUUGGAGAACUUUUUGAUCAUGGAUGUGAUGCACUUGCCUGUGCUUUUGAAGCCUUGGCUCUUGGAAGCACCUUGAUGUGUGGAGGAUGGACAUUCUGUUUCUGGGUGGUUGCUGCUGUCCCGUUCUAUCUUGCAACCUGGGAACACUUCUUUACAAAUACACUCAUACUUCCUACAAUAAAUGGACCAACUGAGGGCCUGAUGUUGAUCUAUGUGUCCCAUUUGUUUACAUUUCUUACUGGCGCUGAAUGGUGGGCACAGGAUUUUCGGAAAUCGCUACCCAUUUUUGGUUGGAUUCCACUUCCAUUUCUUUCUGAAAUCGAAAUCCCCUUAUAUGUUAUUGUGCUGAUUCUUAUGAUCAUGGGUGCUGUUAUACCUACUGUUAGAUCCAAUGUCAGUAAUGUCCAAGAGGUAGUUGAGGCGCGCAAAGGAAGCAUGGCACUGGCAUUAGCGAUGAUCCUUCCUUUUAUUGCGCUGUUAGCUGGAGUUUCUAUCUGGUGUUAUCUUUCUCCUUCGAGUAUUAUGAGGAACCAGCCACAUUUGCUUGUAAUUGGAACUGGCUUUAAUUUUGGAUAUUUGGUGGGAAGAAUGAUACUUGCCCAUUUGUGUGACGAGCCCAAAGGUCUAAAAUCUGGGAUGUUCAUGUCUUUGGUGUUUCUCUGUUUUCCGAUUGCAAAUGCUCUUAUUGCAAAGAUCAAUGAUGGGACACCUUUAGUUGAUGAGCUUGUGCUGCUUGUUCUGUAUUGUGCAUAUACAGUGGGCCUUUACCUACACCUCGCCGUUUCGGUUGUGCAUGAAAUCAAGGAUGCUCUUGGAAUCUAUUGCUUCAGGAUAACGAGGAAGGAGGCUUGAAUUUCUUGCGUUCUGGAUAUAUUAGUUAACAAAUGCUAGUACGUAGCAACAAUUCAUCACCAUGAACGCUGGAAGUGUGCCCCUGGAAAUGCCACAAUCACCUGCUGGUUGUUCUGAGAAAUAUAGGGAUUGCAAUGCGUAGUUAUCUUGGUCAUUUGACAGUGACACUGUAAUGUACAUUAUGGGGUUAUGGAUGUAUGGUAGUAAGAGGGCCCUUAGAAGAUAUGACGAAGGGACGCAAAUAGUGUUGGAAAAUUAAAAUCAUGCUUGGAGAAAUUGAUAGUAGCAGGCGAUUGGCUUCGGUUUUUCUCAGUUUA